UGACGCUAUAUUUAUACAUAUAGAUACACGCACUGAGAGUUGUAUAUAAGCUUAGCGAUCGGUGAUAAAGCUCACAGAGUAGUUUGAAGCAAGCAGAUUGCAGUUUGUAACAAAGUAAUCUAUCAAGAUGGGUAAACUUCUUGUGCUUCUGUGCUUCGCGCUCAUCGCAAUGACUGUAGUCAUGGCGUGCACACCACCUGGCGCUCCCUGCACGUCGGACAGCGACUGUUGCGCUAGCUUUGUAUGCAAUCCGUGGGCCGGUCGUUGCACUGGAGGACCAGGAGGUCCAGGAGGACCGGGAGGACGAUGGGGACCACGCACAUAAGAAUGACAAUGGAUAGCAAACUGACUUGGACUUUGUAGGCCUACGAUUUAAUCUUAUUUCAACAUGUAUUGAACAUGUAUUGAACAUGUAUUGAACAUGUAUUGUGAACAUGUAUUGAAUGUAAUCGAUUUUACCUGGAAAUAUAUGUGAAACUAUUCAUUUAACAAAA